AUGGCAACAUUAAUACCAUCAGAUCAAUCAUUGGAAGAACAGAUCAUUGAGAUUUGGAGUAAGAAGUUAGAGAGACUACCUGUUUAUAAGGAUCUACCUCGUCUGGCUGGAAGGAUAUCAAUAGAGUCCACACAGAAUAAGAGUGUCAAGUACAUACCAUGGGAGGAUGAGGAUCUGCCCAACCGCAAAUCACUCUCACUUCGACUCGAGUCUCUGGAUCAACAUGAUAAGUUGGAGGAGCAUCUAGAUAAGUUGGCUAUAUUAGAUAAUGAUACACCAGAUGAGAGGACAUGGAAGAAGUUAAAGAAGACCAUACUCAAGAUGACAGAGUGCUUUGAAUCAAAGGAAACUCUUGAGAGAACAAGUGAGAUAUUGUCAUCAUAUCAACAACCAACUGAUUAUGAGUUACAUAUGAGUACUAUAUUCGACAAGUGUUUUGACGACAAAGAGACAUCUAGAGCUGUAAAGAUUAUGAAACUGAUUCAUCAGAACAUAAUCUAUGUUGGUUGCUUCGAACUGAAGAUCAAGGUACCAUUCCUUAUGAAGUGUAUGACAAAGGAUGUCAGGGGAUCAGAAGGCUGGCGCAUAGAAGUAUUGGAGAGCAAGGAUAUUGUUACGAUCGUUCACUCAAGACGCGAGGAGUCUCUGCCCACCUCGCCAAAAGAUCGUCAGUUCUGGUUUGAAUGGAAGUUGACCAUCACGGUCAACCAUCAGCUGACAGAGGUCACCUCCACAUCACUCAGGAUCGUCCAGCUGCACUACAAAGAAGGAAUCGACCCCAAGUUCAAGGAGGAGGUUGAUAGAUGUCUGUGUGCAGGAAACUUAUAUAUUUGU